CGUGGCGCUGGCGCUGCUGCUGCUGCCGCUGACAGUGGCUCUGACUCUGUGUGUCUGUGUUCCCCAGACCAGUUGAGCUUUCGCAGCGAUCGCGUGCGGCUGGGCUCUGUCUCUGUCUCCGUCUACGUCGCAGUCAACGCUGUUAAUUUUGUUCCUCUCUCUCUCUGUCUGUCUCAGACACGCGUUGCCACCAGCAGCUGCAGCAACUGAAGCAGAAGCAGAAGCAGCAACAGAAACAGAAACAGAACCAGAAACCGUAAACAUUACAGCAAUAACAAUAAUAAUAAUAACAAUAACGACAACAUCAACAAACAAGAAUAACAUUAACCAGAGCUGUUUCAACUUGUUCGCUGCUGCUGCGCUGUUUCCAAAAAAAAAAAAAAAAAAAAAAAAAAUACGCAAAAUAAAAGAGAGAGAAAAAAAACCAAAUUUGUAAUUAAAUUUCAUUUCGAUUCGCGUUUUGUGUGUGUAUUUUCAUUUUAUACAGGGCGUCUAAUGCGUAAGUGGACGUCACAUGUCCUGUAAAAUGUCCGUGUGCGCUCUCACGCAACCGCCCGUGCCACGUGCCACACGAACUGCAACCACAGCAACAACAGCAACAACAGCAACACCAGCAACAACAACAGCAACAGUCUCGAAUUCAACAACUCCAACAACUCCAACAACACCACCAACACCGCCACCCUCUCCACAGGUGCGCAUCUACGAGGACUUUGACAGGAUGAGCGCCAAGGAGGUUUACUACAAUGAGGCGGGCAAAAAAGUUACGGUCAAGUUGCUGCACUUUCCGGACGUGUUGCCCGAGGACAUUGCCAAGCUGCGAUUUGACGAUGAAGAUCACGACGAUGUGGAUGGCGAUGCCGAUGCCGAUGUGGAUGAUGAUGAUGAUGGUGUGGAUAGCGAUAGUGUCGUUAAGGCAACCAGUGCGGAUAGCGAGGAUGCGGGCAGUGAGGCGGAAACAGCCUUGGUGGAGCCGGGCAGCAGCGGCGCCUCGAGCUGUGGCGCCACCAAAAAGAUCUUUCGCCGUAAACUCUCCGGCAACAAUAUGCAGGCGCGCAAGUGCAGCCUUGCCUUUGCCCAGGCCCAUGGGAUUAAACAGCGGGCAGUGAAGAAGCUAUCGAUGCCCACCAUCAGCAUUACGGCCAAUGCUGGAGAGCAUGUCAGUCUCUCCUCCGCACUCGCCGGACGUAAACUGUCGCAGCAGCUCUCCCAACCGCUGUCCAUGAUGAUGACGACACCGCCACGACGUUCCCAUUCUCCGCUGGGCCAAAGCCUCUGUCCCGGCUACAUUCAGUACUCGAAAUCAUUGCUAGAGGUGCCAAUGCCCCGAGAUUAUGGCUAUGCCAGCAGCGAUGACCUCAGUUCCGAGUGGGACUCGGAUGUGUCCACAUCGGCGGCCACAUCCUCAUCCUCCGCAACGGCCUCCGGCUCCACAUCCGCGUCCACAGCAACCAGCACGAAAAAGAGUUCCGGCUGGCGCAAGAUACGCAACAUUGUACAGUGGACGCCCUUCUUUCAGACAUACAAGAAGCAGCGCUAUCCAUGGGUUCAACUAGCCGGACAUCAGGGUAACUUCAAGGCCGGUCCCGAACCAGGCACCGUACUCAAGAAGCUCUGCCCCAAGGAGAAGGAAUGCUUUCAGGUGCUCAUGCAGGACGUGCUGCGUCCUUAUGUGCCCGUCUACAAGGGUCAGGUGACCAGCGAGGAUGGCGAACUCUAUUUACAGCUGCAGGAUCUGCUGAGCGACUAUGUGCAGCCUUGUGUGAUGGACUGCAAAGUUGGUGUACGCACCUAUCUGGAGGAGGAGCUAUCGAAGGCCAAGGAGAAGCCCAAAUUACGCAAGGAUAUGUAUGACAAAAUGAUACAGAUCGAUGCACAGGCACCCAAUACCGAGGAGCAUGCGGCCAAGGCGGUAACCAAACCCCGAUAUAUGGUCUGGCGAGAGACAAUCUCCAGCACAGCCACCCUGGGCUUUCGCAUUGAGGGCAUCAAGAAAAGCGACGGCACCAGUUCCAAAGAUUUUAAAACGACCAAGUCACGCGAACAAAUCAAAUUGGCCUUUUCCGAGUUCCUCAGCGGCCAUCCACAUAUUCUGCCACGUUAUAUACAACGAUUGCGGGCCAUAAGGGCCACAUUGGCCGUAUCGGAGUUCUUUCAGACGCACGAGGUCAUUGGCAGCUCCCUGCUCUUUGUCCAUGAUCAGACGCACGCCAGUGUUUGGCUAAUUGAUUUUGCCAAGACGGUUGCGUUGCCGGAGCAACUGCACAUUGAUCAUUAUUCGGCCUGGAAGGUGGGCAAUCAUGAGGAUGGCUAUUUGAUUGGCAUCAACAAUCUCAUUGACAUAUUCGUCGAGCUGCAGGCGGCCAUCGAAUCGGAGUCGACAACAACACUUGGCUCCGCAACUCCUUCGGCAUCUGGUUCCGGUUCUGGUUCUGGUUCCGGAUCGGCAUCUGGUUCCGGCUCAGUAUCGCCAGCGCCAGCAUCGAGCUGCCAAGACGAGGAGGCCACUAAAAUGUGAAAGCAAACAACAAACAACAAAAUAAGAAUACUAUGA